AUGUCUGCUCGUACCAAAUCCACCGCGCCUUCCUUGGCCAAGGAUAAUGGGUUCAUGUCCACUAUGGUCGAAGAUCCCAACAACCCAGGAAUGCCGUUGUUCCGUUUUCUCUCUGCCCGUCAAGUUUUGAAUCUGGAAGGGUUGCUUCCCCGUCAAAUUUUGAGCGAGACACCCCAGCCCCGCAACCCAUUCGCCCUCGAUGCCUUGUCAUACCUCUUUAUUUCGCAUCGUUGGGAGACACCCGAGAGGCCGGAUGCCAGUGGAGCGCAGCUCAAGACUCUUCAGGGCGUGCUGCUUCUUUUGGAGGACAUGUUUCAAGCCACCAUCACCCGAGAGCUCCAACAUAAUUGGCCGGAAAAUGUGGAGGACAUGACCGAAGGGAUGCCGCAGGCGGCUUCCAUUGCUUCUAGAGCCAUAAAGAAACUCGCCGGAUCAUCGGACCAACUACUCGUCGAGUCCAUGUGCCAAAAUCCUCUGGACCAUAUUUUUGUUUGGUAUGACUGUGCGUGCUUACCCCAGAACCACCCAGCACCACGCCUAGCUCAUGAGAGCGUGGAAAUGAAAGAGGUUCUCAAGAACUUGGACUUGCUGGCUCGCCAGUGCGACAUGCUAAUUCUUCGUUCGGCGACAGAUGACUACUUUUCCAGGGCUUGGUGUUCCUUUGAACACCUUCAAAAGUCACUUGUCGUCUACGAAGGAGACGUCUCCAUCGUUUGUGAGAAGUUUAUUGAAAAGGAAAAGUUUGAUUGGUGCUUGGAGCCAGACAUCGAAACUCAAUCGCCCAAGAAGCGAUUGCCUCCGUUACCACCUGCAAUGGCCAAGACUAUUGCCGCGUUGCCUCAAAAUCAAAGGGCAUUGAUCUUGGCCAAAUUCCUGCAGGUGCAAAUGAAACAGCAACGAACCCAAGACAUGGUGCGCAAAACUUUCAUUGACACGCAAAAAACAACGUUGGGGACCGCAAAGGCUGGGUGGCUGGGCUUCCCGAAAGCUGGCGCAAAGACGAUUCCCGAUCUUUGCCAAACCAUGUACGCGAUUCGUCGAUCCAACCAUCACCAGAGCACCCCACCUGCGCCGAUGAAGCAAGCAAUGGCGUCCAUGAUUCAAGAGCUGCACGCUGCCGUUUUUGCAAUGUCCUGUCGAGAUGCGGGGUUGGGCGUGCAGGCGCCUGCCAAUUGCAACCAAUGCCUUCCGGAUGUUGGUAUCCAAUGUGGACUUCAUAGUGAUGCGGAAUGGAAACAGAAGGAGCGAGCCGAGAAAUUCGAAGCGUUGCUAAGCGCACCGGUGCAGAGCGGCAGCAAGAGCGACGGUGAUGGAUGCCACAAGGCAAUCUCAUGCCCCAAUGGACAUUGCUUGAGGCCCUCCAUUGCCCACAACAACCCCAGACGUUGCGAUGCCAAAGAAUGCUCUCAAAAGCAAGUGAUCCAAAAGGGCCAAGUACACACCUCCUGUAGCAUGUGCGAUUAUGAUCUCUGCAUGAAGUGCUCCUUGCCUUGUGCCUCCGAAAACAAGAAUCCAUCCGCGGAUCCGACGGAGGACGCUUGGAAGGCAGCUUGCGAGGCUUGCAACGUCACUCCUGUUGCCGCGGAAGAGAGCCCAGCGGGCGAUGAUGAUAUCUGUGAAAGGAAGGUUACGGUGGACCUCUAUGAGUUGGCCAAGAGCUGUUUGGAAGAACACGGGCAACGCUGUACAAACGAGAAGGAUCUCGGGUUCGUUGGUCUUUUGGCCUUGCGGAAUCUUCUGCAAGAAGGUCAAAGCGAUAAGAAUGCCAAGAGCCUUCGUUUCUCGGUUGGUGCAUUGUUCCAUUUGCGUGAAAUGGCCGAAGUCGCUGUUGAGCGCUUUGCGUCGGCACUUGCACUGCAGAAAGAGGUCGGCUCGUUAACUACGACAAUCACCAUUAGAGCCCCUCGCUGGGUGUUGUUCGACAUGCUCAACUCCAGAUCCCAAGCGCACAACGCGACAGCCAACGACCUUAUUGCUGGCACUGCUUUGAGCUUGGGAGAGAAUGUGGAGCGUGUUCCGAGUGCAACGCUGUAUGGGGUCCAUGUCAGCACAGGACGCAGAAGCAGUUUCUUCGGCUUGCAGGGUCAACGUUAA